CAGAAACAUCGCAUUAUGGCCUCGCUCUGAGCCUCCUGAUGCGACAGUUGUGUACAUACCUAACCGGCAAUCCGUCACCAUCGACGCCUUGAUCAUGGACCUCCGGUCCAGAGGCUUUUUUCGGGGCCAUCGGAGUUGUCAAUAGUACUCCCGAAGUACUAUAUUAUUUGAUUUUGAGCACUGUCACUUUUGCACGCCCGGGGAUUUAAACCGAAGUGACAGUAACAGCACUCACCCCAUCUGCCGGUCAGCUAGCUAGCUCGCUAAGUCAAUAGCUAAGAAGGGCAUCACUUUUCUUUUGGAGUAAAGGACAAGGAAACUGCAACACCACUCCUUUCAUUAACAGAAGACUGAACAGAGGCUGAUUCCCCGAGUUCCCAUCUUACAACAUAUUCACUAUUGAUUCCUGAUAGGCUGGCAACACAACGCCACCCUAAUGCAGAACCACAAAAGAACGUGAAAUGAACAAACCACCGCAGCCUAUUACGGGACCCACGUCUGUCCCAAACCCUUCCCCAUCCCCUGGAUUGACACAGGCGGCCUACGGCCCCGGACAGCCCCCGUCUCUUGUUUUUGCCACCCCUCCACCACAAAUGAACUCUGCACCACAGCCAAGACAGUUUGCAGCAGGGCCCCGUACUUUACACCAACAGAGUUAUUAUCAGAACCGACCAGCCAUGGCCACCAGUGCUCCAAGGGUACAGACGAGUAGUGGCCCACGACCCGUUGGACCCACUCACGUCUAUCCGCCCAGCUCCCAGAUGAUGAUGAUUUCCCAGCAGCAGCUGUCUUUUGCUGGCUCCCCUCAGGGCUACUUCAUCCCACCUGGACAGUACCGGGCCCCAUACAUGCCUCCUACUCAGCAGUAUCCUGUGACCAGCGGUACAGCAGGCUUCUAUCCAGGAACUAGCCCUGCUGAGUACUCUGCUUAUGCCGGAGCAUACUAUCCCGCUCAGCCGCAGUACUCUCCGUCUGUCCAGCCGGCACCGGUCAUGAUCAGCCCCGCGCAGCAACAGCAACAAGCCCCGCCUCCUCAGCAACCACCGGCGCAGUCACAAGGCCCACUAAAGAGGGAACGCAAACCGAUAAGAAUACGAGACCCCAACCAGGGCGGGCGCGAUAUCACAGAGGAGAUCAUGUCAGGUGGAAGGUCCACCACAACACCAACUCCCCCACAGGCCUCCACAGCAGAUGUAAGUCCUGCACAGACCAAUGGUGAAGUUACACAAGCUGUCACCACAGUGACUAGAAGAGAUGAAAACGUCGAUCCUCCCUCUAGCGCUGAAACCCCACCACCUCCUGCCACAGCAAUUACAGAGCCCGUGGUGGAGGCCAAACAGGAAGUGGACGUCCAGAUUGCAGCACCUGCUGAGUUGGUUACAGAAUCUGUCGCCCCUGCAGCUGCUACUGAGGUGCCAUCCCCGUUGACAAAGGACCUGCAGUCUUCCUCCUCCCUCCCUCCUGCAGCAGCAGCAUCUACUACACCUCCUGCAGAGGAAGAAAAUAAAGUUGAUACUAAAGUUGGUGACACAGUAGACGCUCCUGUUGGCCCGUCAUCAUUAGCAGCACAAGAGGCACCUGUCAAGUCGGAGGAACCAGUGGCUGCCCCAGCUCCAGCUGAAAAGGCGCCAGAAAAGGAGGAAAAGAAAACAGAAGAAGUGAAGACGUUGGAAAAAGAGGAGGAAGUGACCAACGUUAAGUUGGAGCCUGAAGUUGAGGUUGCUACGACGGUUGCUGAGACGGUUACCACCGUGAACAUGGCAAAAGAAGAAACGGCUACAAAGGCUGCAGCUGAAGUCUCUCAGCCUCCACCCUCAACACCGGAACCUGCUGCUCCGCAGACCCAGAGCGCUGCCCCGAGCUCUGAACCUGAACCUGAACCUGAACCCGAACCCGAACCCGAACCUGAACUCGAACCCACACCUGCUGUUGUGGCAGAGCCUCUUCUCUCCAACGGCCUCCCUCAGGACACAGAGGAACUCCCUGAGGAUAUGGCAUUUUCUGACACUACAACCCUCGACAAGCCUGAUACUUCUAAAUCUCAGGAAUCCACACCUGUGGCUAAAACGGCAGUGCCAGCCCAGGAGGAGGAGCCAGCAGAAGAAGAGGAGGAGGAGGAGGAGGAGGAGGAGGUCGAAGACAAAAAGGUGGAGAAGAAAGAAGAGGAAAAGGAGAAAAGUGAGGAUGCCCCUUCUACCGCUGUUAGCUGCCCAACAGAGGAAUCUACUACUAUGCAAGCUGCUACGUCUGUGCCAAAGAAGAGGAAGAACAUGAAGGAGUUCAACAAGAAGGAGGCUAUUGGAGACCUCCUGGAUGCCUUCACAGAGGAGCAGGAUGCCAAGCCCGCUCCUGAACCCUCAUCCCCUCAGGCUGACCCCGUCCCUGUUGCUCCAGCUGAACCUCCCGCUGAGGUUGCAGAUGAGACCUGGGAGGAGAAAGAAGACAAGCAGAAUGCAGAACCAGACAGGUCUAAAGCCACACCUGAGCCAACUGGGCAGAAAUACCAGUACAAAGAGGAAAAAUGGAAGCCGAUUGACCCUGAGGAGAAGAAGCGGUACGACAGGGAGUUCCUCUUGGGCUGCCAGUUUAUCAAUGCCAGUAUGCACAAACCUGAGGGCCUGCCGAGCAUCAGUGAUGUUGUCCUUGACAAGGUGAACAAGAAUCCGCUGCGGCCUGUUGACCCAUCUCGACUGAUGAAUGUUGGCCCUGAUUUUACACCCUCGUAUUUGGGUAAUCUUGGGAGGGGAUCGGUAGGAGGACCACGAGGCCCACCGCCCGGGCCACGUCGCUCUCAGCAGGGUCAGAGGAAAGAGCCCAGGAAAAUCAUCCUCAGCAGCAUGUCUCUCGGCGACGACGUGCAGCUCAACAAGGCUGAGAAGGCCUGGAAGCCCACAGCGAAGAAGGCUUCUCGCAGCCGUGGCGCAGAGGAUGCCGUAGACGAUGAUCCCGAUCAGGCAAAGACACAAGAGCUGUUUAAGCGUCUGCGCAGUAUCCUCAACAAGCUGACCCCUCAGAAGUUUCAGGAGCUGAUGAAGCAGGUGACAGAGCUGACGAUAGACACUGAGGAGAGGCUGAAGGGAGCCAUUGACCUCAUCUUUGAGAAGGCCAUCUUGGAGCCCAACUUCUCUGUGGCUUACGCCAACAUGUGUCGCUGCCUUAUGGGGUUGAAAGUCCCCACCUCAGACAAACCAGGAGUUUUUGUGAACUUCCGCAAACUGCUGCUCAACCGCUGCCAGAAAGAGUUUGAGAAGGACCAAGAUGACGAUGAAAUAUUUGAGAGAAAGCAGAAGGAGUUGGAGGCUGCCAAAGAUCUAGAGGAACGUGAGCGCUUGAGGGUGGAGCUGGAGGAAAACAAAGACCAGGCCCGCCGCCGCUCACUGGGCAACAUUAAGUUUAUCGGUGAGCUCUUCAAGCUCAAGAUGCUGACAGAGGCCAUCAUGCACGAUUGUGUAGUGAAACUACUGAAGAAUCAUGAUGAAGAGUCUCUGGAGUGUCUUUGCAGGCUGCUCUCUACAAUUGGCAAAGACCUGGACUUUGAGAAGGCCAAGCCUCGUAUGGAUCAAUAUUUCAACCAGAUGGACAAGAUUAUCAAGGAGAGGAAGACCUCAUCCAGAAUCCGCUUCAUGCUGCAAGAUGUCCUGGAUCUCAGAAAGAAUAACUGGGUGCCUCGCAGAGGAGACCAGGGUCCUAAAACAAUUGACCAGAUCCACAAGGAGGCAGAGUUGGAGGAGCACCGGGAACAGAUCAAAGUCCAGCAGCAGCUUAUGUCCAAGAAAGACUCGGGCGGCGGAGGAGGUGGCGGCAGGAUGGGUGGGAACAUGGGGGGCAGAGGCCCACACACGCCUGGAGGUGGAAGGACAAAUCCGCCCCAGGAUGAGGGAUGGAACACGGUGCCCAUCUCCAAGAACAGACCCAUCGACACCACCCGUCUUAGCAAGAUCACAAAGCCUGGUGCUGUGGACUUCAGCAAUCAACUGUUGGCUCCAGGAGGAAAAGGCAUGUGGGGCAGCUGGGGCAAAGGCAGCAGUGGAGGAACUGGAGCUAAACCAGCAAGUGGAGAGCAGGAUUCUGGUCGUCCAGCAACCAGCACCCUCAACCGCUUCUCCGCCCUGCAGCAGUCUGGUUCAUUGUUAUCUUCAUCAGACUCUGAUCGCAGAGCUCCUCAGAGGUCAAGCUCCAGUCGUGAGCGUGGUGGAGACCGGGCCGAUCGUGACAGGGAUCGCUUUGAACGAUUUGAUCGCGGAGAGGGACGGGAGGGCCGUGAUGGCAGGGGCAGCCAGAAUCAAAUCAGCAAGAGAAGCUUCAGCAGAGAGUCGCAGGAACACGGCGGGAGGGGUGGAGACAGCCGGGCAACGAAUGAGCCAGUGCGUCGCGUGGCCAGCAUGACCGACGACCGGGACAGGGGAAGCAGAGACAGAGGAAGUCGCGAUAGAGGAAGCCGCGAUAGAGGAAGCAGAGACAGAGGAAGCCGGGAUAGGGGUCCAAGCAAAGAUCUCACAGUAGUGAAACGUGAGAGUGCUCCCACUCCUCCUCCUCCUUCUUCUCUUCCCAAACCCGCCUUGACCGAGGAGGAGGUGGAGAAGAAGUCGAACGCCAUCAUUGAAGAAUACCUCCACAUCAAUGACUUGAAGGAGGCGUUACAGUGUGUGUCAGAACUCAACAGUGCCUCGCUGCUCUACGUGUUUGUGCGGAACAGCGUGGAAUCGACGCUUGAACGCAGCACCAUUGCUCGAGAGCAUGUUGGCCUGUUGCUGCACCACCUUGUAAAGGCAGGGACACUGCCCACACAGCAGUACUACAAAGGGCUAGAAGACACCCUGGAGGCUGCAGAAGACACGGCCAUAGAUAUACCUCACAUCUGGCUUUACCUGGCUGAACUCAUUACCCCCAUGCUCCAUGAGGGAGGCAUCCCUAUGGGACAGCUCUUCAGGGAGAUCUCGAAGCCUCUUGUGCCUCUGGGGCAGGCUGGCGUGCUGCUGGUUCAGAUCCUCAAGUUGCUCUGCAAAGGAAUGACACCUAAAAAGGUCGGAGCCAUGUGGACAGAGGCCGGUCUGAACUGGAGAGAUUUCCUGCCUGAGGAUGAAGAUGUCAACAAGUUUGUCACUGAACAGAAAGUGGAGUUCACCACUGGAGAGGAGAUGGAGUCAAAGGAAGUCAGUAAGAAGAAGGUCCUCAGUGGAGAGGAGCUCAGCAAACAGCUGGACAGACUCCUGCAGGACAAGGCCAACAACCAGCGGAUCAGAGACUGGGUUGAGGCUAACUUGGACGAGCAGCAAGCUGCUUCCAACCAGUUUGUACGAGCAUUGAUGACAUCAGUGUGUCAGGCUGCCAUCAUAUGUGACAACCCGUACAGGGUGGACGCACGGCAGAUCAACCUGAGGGCCAGUCUGCUGCAGAAGUACCUGAGUGAUGAGCAGAAGGAGCUGCAGGCCCUCUACGCCCUCCAGGCUCUGAUGGUGCACAUGGAGCAGCCAGCAAACCUGCUGCGGAUGUUCUUUGACGCCUUGUACGAUGAGGACGUUAUUAAGGAGGAGGCCUUCUACAAAUGGGAAUCCAGCAAAGACCCCGCGGAGCAGACAGGCAAAGGUGUGGCCUUGAAAUCAGUCACCGCCUUCUUCACCUGGCUCCGCGAGGCCGAGGAGGAGUCUGACAAGGAAUAAAAGACUGGACUGAAGGCUGCCUCUCACUGCCCCCACCCUUUGGCAAGGCACGGGCUCUGCAGGCAGCCGCGGAGAGUCACGGACAAUAUUUCCAGAGAGAGGAAGACUCAAUCAAUCCUCAAUGAGGAUAUAUCUUUAUUAUGUUUUCUUUUCCUUUGAGGGAUGGACUCGAAACAAUCAUUUCUCUCUCCCCUCCCUCCUCUUGCUUCCUCAUUAUUUCCCCACCUGCUUGUGACAGCAAGUGUCCUCAUCAAAUAAACUUGAAAACUGAUU